ACCAAUAGUCAGCAGCCAUAUUCAAACUGUAGAAGGCGCCAUUGCAAUACCAGACGUCGCAUCGAGCUGCACUUGGGAAUGGAGGAAACAGCAGCACUUUUAGGCUCUACAGGUGCGUUUACCCUGUUUGUUUCCUUCUACGACUAAUGGUCUUGCUAAAUUGCCGAGUUUCACUUCUGAACUCCUUGAUUAACGCUUGAAAUUACAUUCCACAGCCACCAAGCAGCGCUUGGCAGGUGUAACGGGACUGUUGGAGCAGCUCCGUCGGCAAGACGCGGUUCCCGAGUCCUCAGCCACAUUGAUCCCGCAUGUUCUUCCCUGCUUACGUGACCACAACUCGAAAAUUGCGCUCGGAGCUUUGGAGAUUUUAGAGCUGCUGGUCGCGCGCGUGACGGAGAGCACGCUACGCUCAUAUUUAAAGCUUCUGUGGAUCAGCCUCGUAGAGCGCCUCGGGGACAACAAGUUACCGAUCCGACAGAAGGCUGUGGACGUGGUCGUGGAGAUCUCCGUCGUGUUGGACGCUAUUACGGUGCUGGACAAGCUCAAAGGAUGCAUGAGUCACAAGAACUGGCGCACGCGCGAGCAGAGCUUGCACGCGGUGUGGAGAUGUCUAGAAAGACACAAUCUGUUUAAGGAGCGACAAGACGAACUGCUAGAUGAUGUGAGUGGUGCUAAUUGGAGUGGAGAGCGGAGAGAGUGGUGGUUUUUUACAGUGAUUGUGUGCAGGUGUUAAAAUUGUUGGAAGACUCGUCGAAAGAUGUGCGCGCUGCAGCGAUUACAACGUUGGAGAAAUUCUACACAUUCAUUGGGCCCUCGCUUUUGGUACUGGAGAUUAAAGGCUGGUGGUUGAGCUGUAGCGAUGUGGAACUGAACUGUUUUGUGUAUGCUCCAUAUAAUGCAGAGUGACUUGGAGUAUAAGAAUAUUCGCGCAGCACACAUGAAGACUCUCACUGAAAGGUUUAAAGGACUCCCAAUUCGAUCUAAAAGCGUGGCGGAUGAUGUGUGUGCGGCGCGAUCGCGCGAUGGCGGAUCGUCGCUAGUAAACAGCGAGGUCCCAGCUUCUAACAACGUCCUUCCAGAUGAGUUGUCGUCGAUCUUGUCGUCGUACGAUCUGCACGUGUCGUCAUCUUCUUCUUCAAUGGCACGGUAUUUGGCGUCUGUACAUAGCCGAACUCUAAACGAGGCUAAGGCUGUAGCUGCUUCUACAGGAGGCGAGCGGUCUCCGUCACAAGCAUCUUCCACAGACAGUCAAACUGUUCAGGAAAUCAGCGCAGAAAGUUCUUUCGGAGCAGGCAGCAACGACAUCUCGGAGAAAGAACUUCAGAAGCAACUGGGUGGGAUAUUUGACAAACUGGAGCUUGACAAUAACUGGGACAAGCGUGUCGACGGAUUGAAGAUGCUUCAGAAGUUGGCGAAUCGAUGUAGCAAAGCUUCAAACAGCGGAACUGCGCUAUCUUUGUUAUCCCAGGGCUUACGGUCGGUUCGUGAGCGUUUGUGCUUGCAAGUGAGUGACUUGCGAUCUUCCGUGUCCAGAGAAGCAUGUCAGACAAUCCGAACGCUUGCCAAUACUCUGCGGGACGAGUUUAAUGCGCACGCAGAAAUUUGUCUUGGCAAUCUACUCAAGGCGACCUACGUGACUAUCCAAGUGAUUUCGACCUCAGCAGAUACUACGAUCAAAAGCAUGAUUGAAAGUACGAGCAACGGCUACGGGCGCGUGAUUCCAAAGUUGAUCGAAUGCGUUAAAUCUCGGAACCAAGUGCUGCGAUACAACGCCGUGUGCUAUCUGACACUAAUCCUUCAGAAGUGGAGUGUCAGCUUCCUCAGCAAGCACUCGGAUUUGUUUGUGCCGAUUAUGCCAGCUCUUUUGCAAGACGCUCUGGGGGAUGUGCGCGCGCAGUCCAGAAAAUGCUAUUGGUCUUAUCAUCAUCUCUUCCCGGACGAGGCUAAAAGCAUUCUUAGUCGCUUGGAUGGAUCGACGCAGAAAAACUUAAACGACGAUCCCUCGAAAUUCACCGCCAAAGCAGCACGACACGGAGAUUACUCCUUGAUGGAUGCUGCAGCACCCCAGAGUUCGGGUGUUGUUCGUUCAGCGCUUCGGACAACAAAUACAGCUCAGCCGUUAGUGUUAAACUCAGUGAGAGUCAGUGAUGAGCAACCGCGCUUCGAUGGAGAAGAACUGAGUGCCGGAAAACUGCCAAUGCGCGUACCAGGAGGAGGCUUAACCUCAGUUGGCAUUGAUUCUGGAGAAAAAAACGUGCAGUCUUCGCGAUUGCUAUCGCACGGUCCAAUGCGUGUCGGACUAGCUGCUCGAGCAAAAUCUUUAGUCUUGAAAGAUAGUUCUGCUUCGGCGAAUGAAAAGAAAAAGAGUACUGCUGCAGGUCCUCUCCGGGUGUUGAAUCCAUCGAAGCCAUCACAGUCAACGAACGAAAGCCACACGUCGCGACAGGAACCAUCUACUGCAGGAUUUCACACCAGUUCCCAGCAGCAGGCUUUUAAAGCACAGCGAAUUCAGCUUGCAGGAGAAACUCAAUCGCCAGUUCCAAUGGAUAUCGAUGAAGGGGAGACCCGUGGUCCGAAACGACUACCACUUGUGUCUAUACCUUCACCAACUGCGUCAAAUGCAUCGAGCUCUAGAACCAACAAUUCAAAGAGCGACUCCGGGGACAUUAAGCCUAAGCGAAUUGCACCGACAAAAUCGUCAGAGCGGCCUAAGGUUACACAAUUACCAGUCGCAGAUCAACUCGAGGAAGCAAUUCGGAACAUCGAGAGGAGCUCCUGGUCUACCAGGUUGGAGGCUGCAGAAUAUAUCGGAAAAUAUCUUAGAAGGAGAGUUGACCAGAUCGAAAGUGGUGCGAGCGGAGUUCACAAGGUGGACGGCCGGAUCCUGACAGCGUUUAUCAAACAUCUAAGCGAUUCCCACUAUCGCGUCUCGCAGAGUGUGCUGAAGAAUUUGCUACCUCUCCUGAAGCUUUCCAACGACAGCCAGCGACUGCUACCUCACCUGAAAACAGUUCUGCCGAAACUGUUUCAAAAAUUUAUUGACACGAAGGAAUCGAUCCGAGCAGGUGCAAAAGAGAAUUUGGAGUACAUCGCGUCAACAGUCGAUAGUUCGACGCUGGCUGCUAUUGUGAUAUCGAUGUUGGGAGAUGGAAGCAACAUGAAAGUCAAGGCGGCUAUGUGCCACUUCUUGCGCGAACUGCUGCCUGGGGCAGAAGAGUACAUGAAACAUGGUGCGAACAAUAGCCACAUGAGGUCUUUUCUGCUCAAAAUCGCUCUCCUCAUGGAUACAGACGUCCCGGUUUCUGUUUCAUCGGCAUGUGGCGAGCUAGUCUCGGUUGCUGCACAGCUUUACGGUUCAGAGAUGGAGGUGGUACUGGGGCUACUUCCUCCAUCCAAGCGCUUGGUUGUUUCCAAGAUCCUAAAGUCCAAGAAGAUUGUGCUCAAUUUCAGCAACCCACCAAGGCCACCAUUUUCUACUUCAUCAACAGCUCCACUUUCCACGCGAACACGCGAUGACGAUAAUGACAAUCAGGAAAUUCCUCCAGCACCCAAACCAGAGCGGAGCCGCAAGCGAGUAGAGUCACCAAGUGUGAGUUCCUCCAGUCCUCCUCGACAGAACAGCCAAAAGCGGAUAAACACGACGUCCCAGAAAACCUCGCCGCUACCUGCCGAGGGCCAAUCAAUUAACGUUCGACAAAGAAGCUCUGCGGCGGUCGAGCGAGCGAACGAGAUGGUUGCCAAGGCAACGCCAGCCGAAAACGUUUCAUUUUCCAGUGCCCUGUUUUCGUCUGUGGGAGAUAGAGUGGACAAGCACGAUGAUCAGCUUGAAGAUAUUCUUCAUAUCCUCGAGCAAAACAAUCUGUCCGAGGCGGAACUGAAACAUGCACUGCACAAGACUUUGCAUUUCAUUGAAAUUAAAUCAUCAGAGACCUGGGAUCGUUGCUUUGGGCGGCUACUUCUACUACUACUAGACGCUGCUACCGAAGGGAAUGUGUAUGCUCUUAAGGUGCUACAACGGCUAGUGGAAGCGCAGCCUUCUCGGGCGCAAAUGUUUUUUGAGCUGCUUCUUCAGCGUUUGAUUGAUGCGAUGGUCGACCAAGUUGACGUGGUAAGUCGGAGUCGAGCGGCAUAGCUGUUGCUGGUGGGGUCUAACGUAUCACUGUAUACGGCUGUCAAACAGGCUCGCCAUUUGAUGGAGCGGAUUCUUCACGACCUUGUGAGCUCUGCGGGCGACCACCAGCAGACGCUGUCAGUGCUGAUUCCGUUGGACUCUAACAGAGAGCCUCCAACACUGCAAGUGGUAUUACGGCUCAUCAAGGUGUGCUUCCAGAUCUGCGAGCGCAGUUCUGCCCAAAAUUCAGCAUUCCUGCAUAAGCACGACGUGGCCCAGCGCAUUAUGAGCGUGCUGUCACGACGCCUCGAUCACGCAAGUUCUAACGUCCGCAAGACCGCGGUGGACUGCCUGGUGGCGUUCCACUUCGCCACGAAGGAAGACAGCUCUAUCGUGCCCAAGUACCUCGCCAACAAGCUGGACGACACGCGACGGCGGCUAGUGGAGAUCUUCAUUGACCGCGCCAAAAUGGAGCGGCAUCAUAUUGGCCUGUUAUCGACUUGAGUCAUCCAGGUCACCACACGAUACCUCCAUCAUUUCAGUUUUGAAAAGCUAUUAGCUGCACGCAAGGCCGCACCAAUAACUUAUUCGAUAACACGAGCCAUGAGUCCUAAAU